AUGUCGCAGGACAGUACGGGCCAGCACUCUCAGACUCGUCAGCACCAACCACCUGCCUCUGUUUCGUCCUCCUCAUCGCUGGCCGAUGCUUAUUCACAUGGUGCCGCGCGCAAGCCAGGCUACUCUGUGCUGAGCAAUAAUCUUAUCCCUCGCAAUUACUUGAGCUCUCUCACCAGUUCAAAAUCGGAUCCACAACAGCGUGGGAAACUCGUGCAGAACAAUGGUUUUUCUGGGCUGAGGUCGGUAUCUGAUGGUGGGAAGAGUUCUGGUGCACAUCGACAGCAGGGCGAGGCCUCUUUGAAUGAGGACGAGGGAAGUGCCACUCGCAACGAGGACACAGGACACGGCGGAGAAGAGCCACAACUGGAACAACGAGGGGGUAGUCCACUAUCCGAAUCGCCCAAGUCCUACACUUCGUCUUUGGCGAGCGUGCCUCGUCCCACCAAUAUGCCGCGAACGUCUUCAAUCGAUUCGGCGAUUUCAAGCAUUUCCAAUGCUUCCCAUGUGCAGAAACAGGCCGGUGAAGCCAAAGAGCCCAGCCGAGAGGAAGUACAACAUCUCAUUGCUACCGCCGGUAGCGCGGAGAAUCUGAUCCAACACAUGCUGAGAGAUAAAAACCAUGCUGCGGCACAAAACGCACAACUUUGGAAACUUGUCGACAAGCAAAGGGCAUUAUUGCUGGGCUUGAACAAGGACCUAGAGCGCCUGACGAAGGAGAGGGACCGAUACCGGAGGAGGGUCAAAGAGUUGCAAGCACAGCCAACAGCUCGACCAGAAUCUCCCAGCCGUGUGGAAGUUAGACAAUCGCCUCAGUCCGGCGAGGCUGCCCUCCAUGCUUCCGGUGAGGACGAACCUGCUGCUGGCUUGGAUACUGUCAUGGAUGGGCAGGAGACAGUCAGCCAAUACCGGGAUGACCAUUCGGAAAACUCACCUUUGGACCCUGCAAUGAUGCCCUCACCGUUACAUUUGGAGCAUCCACCGCGCCUGGAAAGCAUCUCGACCCAGUUGGCUCAGCCGAGCUUCUCAGUGACUCAGGCGACCCCGCUCACAGAGAAGCCGCCAAAGACCUCGCAGGCUUCGAGAAAAGCACCACCAAAACCCCUCAAUCUACACCAGACAAAGGACACCCUAAGUAGUCCAUUCCAGGUCCCAAGCGAGUUUGCUGUGAGCGAUGGUGAGGAUGAUGACGAGGAUAGAACCAACCUAGAACGUGGCAGGCGGAAAACUCGAGAAGAAGAUGACCGAGACCGAGAAAUGCUUGUUUUCCAGGAGCGAGAAGCCAGAAGCCGAUCCAAGAAGGACAAGAAAGAGAAAAGCAAUAAAUCCGAACUGGCAGAGACGGGGCUAUCACACAAGUCUCCUGGAUCGCGGCCAACUUUGGCAUCAACACAAGCCCAGAAAGUGCACGAUCAUUUGUCACCUUCGUCGUCAGUCUCGCAUGGGUCAUCGGCACAAUUGUCACUCCCUCUGCGUAGUCCUGGUCUUCCUCUGAGCCCGCGUCCAUUCGGCAGUAACUCUACAGGAGCUUCAUUCCCAAUAUCUCCUCGCGCUCCAGGAUCUAGCUUCCCAUUGUCGCCUCGGGCGCCCAAGCAGCCUUUACCUGCACCUACCACGCCAGGUCAGCAAGCUCCCGCGCCAGAAGCCCAGUCAAAGAUCAGCCCUGAGCCCCAAACCAAGAUAAAUACGAAAGCUCCCAGCAGUGACUCGGACGGGAGUAAGAUCAAUGAGUCUUCUCUCAGCCCAAGCGACCUUCCACCAGUGAAUCGAAGUCUCGUCAGUCCUACUUGGCCUGAUCUUCUCCUCCCCCCGAAUGCUCUUCCUUCGGUUCAGGUGAAGGUGGCAUCUUCAAGACUACGACCUUCGAGGAACAGCAUACUUGGGCUGAAGCCACAGGAGGAGACCUCGGUCUUCAGCUUGUCGAUCUUUGAGCGUGCAACAUCAUCUGAGCUCUGGCGAGUGCAAAAAGUCUCUACUUCACUUUUGACCCUCGACCAACAGCUCCGAAGCCGUUGCACCGAUCUACCCAAGCCGCCUGACCGGAGACUCUUUUCUGGUCACUCUCCAGCCGUGGUUGAUGCACGAAGAGCCUCGGUUGAAUCAUACUUCGAGGGUCUUUUGGAUACACCUAUGGACGAACAAGCGGCUCUCAUAAUCUGUCGGUUUUUGUCCUCAGAUGUCAUGGAACCGCAGUCUCGCGUCCCCGCCAACAGCGGUGAUAUUAAUAAUGACAACACACCGGAAGCAGUACAAGGAAGUGGCAUUCCCACCAAGUCAGGCUACCUGACGAAGAAAGGCAAGAACUUCGGAGGGUGGAAAUCAAGAUAUUUUGUUCUGGACAGUCCGGAGUUGAGAUACUUUGAAGCACCUGGCGGUGCGCAUCUCGGCACCAUCAAGCUGUUGAACGCACGAAUUGGCCGGCAAAGCCAGACCGAUUCCACGACACAUCCUGAGGUUGAUGUCGAAAACCAGUAUCGCCACGCUUUCCUCAUACUCGAGCCCAAGCGAAAGGAUUCCAACAGCCACGUCCGUCAUGUUCUGUGUGCUGAGAGCGAUGCCGAGCGGGACGAGUGGGUGGAAACCUUGUUACACUACAUUGACGAGAGACCUGAAGAAUCCAAGUCGCAAUACGGUGCUGGAAUCCAAACCCCACUUGCGAAGGAGGUCAAAGGCUCUAAUAAAGGCGGCGGUGAUGGAGAAGCAAAACAAGCUGGAAGCCCGGCCGGCAAUGAAGCUAAUGGUGACACUCCCUCGCCCUCUGUCGCCUCCGCCAACAACUCAGAAGCUGCUCCAGAGCCAGGAGCGCCAAACAAAACCUUCACAAUUUCAGGGCCAAUGAAUGGGGCAGUCAUUUCGGAUGCCGGACUUUGGGGCAACAAGCGUGCCGGUCAGGGUAGCAGCAAAGACCGCGAGCAGAAGAAACGCAACAUUUUCCACUUCAAGAAACCCUCGAACGAGCACAUGGUUCAGAACCAGGCCAAUCCACCUAAGCGAACAGAAGCGCUCGCUCAUCGAGGCGGCCAAGUGCGACCCGUCUUCGGAAUGCAGCUUCAAGAAGCAGUUGAAUAUUAUUCACCUGUUGAUGUCGACGUCUUUCUGCCCGCCGUAGUGUACCGCAGCAUUGAGUUCCUCCGUGCCAAGCAUGCUGCCAAUGAAGAAGGGCUGUUUCGUCUCAGUGGCUCGAACAUCGUCAUCCGACAGCUCAAGGAUCGCUUCAACAUGGAAGGUGACGUGGAUCUACUUGCUGAGGAAGAAGAUUAUGAUGUCCACGCUGUAGCAUCUCUUUUCAAAACAUACCUCCGCGAACUACCAUCCACCCUCUUGACCAGAGAGCUGCACUUGGAGUUUCUCAAAGUGCUGGAACUGGCUGACAGGGCACAAAAAAUUACGGCAUUCAAUUCCCUGGUGCACCAACUGCCGACGGCCAAUUUUUCAUUGUUGCGAACAUUGUCGCAGUACCUCCUAGAAGUCGUGCAGAAUGCCGACCGAAACAAAAUGAGCGUCAAGAACGUGGGAAUCGUCUUCUCGCCCACCCUCAACAUUCCGGCACCUGUAUUUGCCAUGUUCCUCACAGACUUUGGCGCGAUAUUUGACCAGCCUUACGAUGAGACAGCUGUACGCACAACAGAAUUAGGAAGAGAGGGUGCCUUGACCCCAGAGGAUAUUCGAUCCCCUCGUCGUCAAAUGUUCUCCGAUCUGCCGACCCCUCUAUACAACCAGAACAGCUUCUCGCAGAAUGCAGCGACAACAGCGGCUGUCGCGGGGGAUGAUGGAUCACGCGGUCAUGAUCUUGAUGCCAAUCAUGAUAUUGGCUUUGUUCCUAUGCAGCCUUCGUAUGAGACAAGAAGCUAUGUCUCUAUCCCGGAGGAUGUCUCCGCGCAACCUCGCUAUCCACUACAGCCUGCUCCACGGGACCCGAAGUACGACCAAGUCGACCACAUGUUGACGACGGAUAACGCCGCAAGCACAAAGGCUAAGCGACGUGAGAGUGCUAUGUUGUUCAUGUGA